ACUGCAAGGGAGCGAGCUGCUCACCGCCGGCGACGUCAUGGACAUCAAGAACUUGCUAGGUCAUCAAUGGCCGCAGGUCAACAUAGACUUCUUGCGCCGUCCGUACGGCCUCGGCGGCGGCCAAGAUGGCACGGUGACGCUUCGAACCACCAUCGGGGAAGAUGGCCGUGUUGCCCUAAUCACGAUCGCUGCAGACGCAAGCCGCAUCGACUCUCCUCAACUCGGGUACAUCUCCGACCUGACGUUCGAUUGCGAAACCAUGGAGGCGAAGCUGUCCAGACGCUUGGCGGGUGUGACGCGCGCGGCGGACGACGGCGACGAGGCUGCCGGCGCAGCGCUGAACUACGACCUCUCCCCAUGCGAGCACAUUCUGUCGCUGAAGAUGUGCCUCCUCGACGCCAUCCAUGGCUUCUACAUCCGGGCGCUCGCCGUGCUCCCCGCCGGCGACGGUUGGACGACGACGCGGCGGCGCGGCCGCUUCAUCCGCUCCCUCCUCGCCGCCGGGCACUGCUACGGCCCUCUCGACCCCGCCUCCAACAUCAUCCUCAACACCGUCUGGUACGACGCCGCCGCUCCUCCUCCGCCCGACGACGAGGCUGACCUACCGGGAGACAUCUUUGACACCGACGCCAUGCUCCGUGUGGAAUGCCGUUCACUGGACGGCCUUGUCGCCGCCGUCCGCGCCGCCGCCGCCGCCGCCGGCAAGCCGAUCUCGGAGCAUGAGGCGAUCGAACACCUCUGGUCCAGGCAAUGCGACCUCACCGAAAUUCUUCAGAACAGCAGCAGAGAGAAGAAGAGAAACCCCUACGCCGCCGCCGGCGAGGCUUCCGAUCACCCCCAGAGCGCCAUGAUCGGGUCAUUCCUCGUCUCCCUCUCCGGCGAGAACCUCGACUGCCUGCGCCAAUGGCUGAAACCCGCGCGAGAUUUCGGUUCCUCCGGCUGCGUGAUCUCUGACGUUGAUUGGGAGAAGCUGAACACGAUGAUCCACGGACAUCAGCCAAUCCGAGGACUGAAAAGAAAGAGAUCAUCAUCUGAAAACCCACUGAAUACACAAGCCCUGUCAGAAAUAUCAACGGUGAGAUCAGCCUUUGUGAAGCGAGAGAAGUUUCUUCUUGCCAAGUUUGAAGAAUUGCUAGGCACCUAUUGCAGACAACAUCCUUGGGAACGAGCUUUGUUCUGGUCCAGAAGUUGGUACCUCCAGGUACUGGUACCACAGGUACCAAACGAAAUCCGGCCGUUCAAUAAACUGGGGUACGAUUGGAAAUGAAGUAAAGCAGCCAGCUAGCGUGCGACGACGAAAUCUCCUCAUCUUCACAGGCAUAUCCGAGUCGCCGCUGCCGUCGCAUUCUGCUCUCCUUGACGCAUGACAUCGUUCCUCAGCUCGCUCCGUCGCGCACGUCUCUGUCACCGCCGUCGCUGCUGCCUGUCCUCCCCCCAGCCCCAGCGUGUCCUUGCUCUGCGGCAACGACAGUGGGGCCGAUGGCCGACGCUGCCGCAACAUGUAUCCUGACGCGCCGGACUUUGUCGCCACCGCCGCUGUAGUCUGCACCCUAUAAUUGUUCCGGAAUGGAGGUUGUGUUGGAGCUUUUCGCAUGAGUAUUGAUUUUGUGUUUGUCUGACAAAUCAACCUGAAGCCAUUUAGGCAAAUCAACUUCAUGCUUCUCUUUUUUUUUGCGGGGAACUUCCUGCUUCUCAAUUUAUUCCUGUAUGUAUCUUUCUUGCUCAAAAACU